GAGAAGAAGAAGCGUGGCGGGAUGUAAACAGGAAGUAGACCUCUGAAACAGGACGGGUUUUUUUCUGAAAGGUUCUGGACAAGUUGAUGAAGGUUCGGCUGCAGGAACCAGAUCCGUUAUAACCGGAACCAGAACCCGCUGAAAGGAUCCAGAUUUUCCCGGUCCAGGUUCUGGUUCUGAUCCAGCAGUCUGGGUGGCGAUGGCGGGUCGCGGACGCGGCCGCAGAACUCUGGGUUUGGACCCGGUCGGAACCAGCAGAGGCGACUCCCUGCCUCCAGCCAUGCAGCAGCCCACACCCGUGUUCCCAGUAAUGGAGCAGAAGCCCCUCCCCCUGGCAGGCGGGGAGGAGUCAGAGUACCUGACUGCGCUGAAGCAGGACUUCAGGGUGGCCAUGAGGAGUCAGCCAUGUUUCAUCCAGCCGGCCGCCGCCCACAGAGAUGUGGAGCGAUACUCAGAUAAAUAUCACCUGAGUGACAAGAUGGACGGCCUCACUGACUGGAUCAUAGACUGGAAGAGAUUCCCCAAAGAGCUACGGGUCCAAAUCAGGAAACCCAGAGACGGGGCGGCGCUCAGCCGCCUGGCUGCUGCGCCGUCGGGACAGAAGAAGAAGAAGAAGGUUGGAGAGAAAGAAGAGGUGCUGCUCAAACUGGAGACCCUGGAGAAGAAGGAGCAGCAGGAGAGUUCUGAGGAGGAGGGCGAGGAACAGAAGGAGGAGGAGGCCGAGGCUGAGGAAGAGUAUGAUGAAGAGGAGUUUGAGGAGGAGACAGACUACAUCAUGUCGUACUUCGAUAACGGCGAGGACUUCGGAGGAGACAGUGACGACAACAUGGACGAAGCCGUCUACUAGAACUGGUCCUGGUUCCGAUCCGACUGAUCCAUUUUAUUGGAGUGUUCUUAAAGUUUUUGUACAAAAACAGUUUUUAUUGUUUUUUGCUGUUGAAAAUAAAUCAGUGUGAUGUUUGUAA